AAACCCUAGUCUUAAAAAAAGAGAAAAAAGUUCUGUUCCUCCGAGGCCUGGCGGGACUGAGAAAAAAUGGGGAAGAGAGUGCAAAAGCACAAGCAAAGAGAACUGCUCCAAACAUUGGGAGAUUUCACGUCCAAAGAGAAUUGGGACAACUUCUUCACUAUCAGAGGUAGCGAUGAUGCAUUUGAGUGGUACUCUGAGUGGCCUCAGCUUCAAGACCAUCUCAUCGCCCAGAUAUCUGAAGACUCGCAUAUUCUUGUCCCUGGUUGCGGAAACUCCAAGCUUUCCGAACACCUAUACGACUCUGGUCGCCGGAAUAUCACCAAUAUUGACUUCUCCAAGGUCGUUAUAUCUGAUAUGUUGAGGAGAAAUGUCCGAGCACGACCAGAAAUGAAGUGGCGUGUGAUGGAUAUGACUGCUAUGCAGUUAGAGAACGAGAGCUUUGAUGUUAUCGUGGAUAAGGGAGGCUUGGAUGCUUUAAUGGAGCCAAAGCUUGGUCCUAAGUUUGGAAAUCAGUAUAUAUCUGAGGUGAAGAGAGUGCUAAAAACUGGAGGGAAGUUUUUUUGUCUCACUUUGGCGGAAGUUCAUGUAUUAGAUGUGCUUUUUCACAAGUUUCGCCAUGGGUGGAAGAUGAGUGUUCAUGCUAUUCCUCUAACACCAUCCAAAGAGUUCAGCCUGCAGACCUAUAUGGUCAUGGCUAAAAAAGACAAUUCUUGUGUGUUGUCACAGAUAUUAUCCCCAUUUGAUCAUUCAUCCGUAUGUUCACUUGGAGAGCAGGCUGAUGGGCUCCAUAAGGCACUCAAAAUUGAAAAUAGAAUUCGGGAGGAAUAUCUGAAUUGCACUGACAUAAUCCACUCACUUGAAGAGUUGAAGUUAGGAGCUCAAGGGGACUUGACAGAGCGCUGUCCAGGUAGACGACUUCAGCUAACCUUAGGAGAGCCUGGGGGUUCCAGCUUCGCAUACAAAGGUGCUCUUCUUGAUGCACGGGAAGACUUGGGCCCAUUCUCGUAUCACUGUGGGGUAUUUCUUGUUCCAAAGGAUCGAGCUCAUGAGUGGCUGUUCUCGACCGCAGAAGGUCAAUGGGUUCUUGUAGAAAAUUCAAAGGCUGCACGUCUUAUUGUGAUUUUGUUAGAUUUUAGCCUUACCUCUGCCAGUAUGGGUGAUAUCCAGAGUGACCUGUCUCCUCUGGUGAAGCAAUUGGCACCAAUAGAGUGUGUUGAUGUUUCCCAAAUUCCGUUUAUGGCUGCAAGUGAUGGGAUCAAGCAGAGGAAUAUUGUCCAUGAGAUCACAUCUUCUUUGACUGGUGCAAUGACUGUAGAUGAUGUUAUGUAUGAACACACUGACGAGAACAUCAGCCAUCUCUUCUCAUCAGCUAAUGUCAUAUUCCGCCGCCUUACUUUCCAACGAACUGAGAGUUUGGUGCAAUCUGAGGCUGUGCUAACAUGUGAAGUUUCCCAGAAUUAUAAAGUUGAAAAGAAUAAGAAGAAAAGCCUAACUUCUAAAUCCCGAAAGAAGGGAAGUCAGACAAAUUCUGAGGGAUUGAAGGUUGACCAUAGAUACUUGGCUAGUCAGUAUCAUACUGGAAUCAUUUCUGGGCUUACAUUAGUUUCUUCAUACCUGAGCAGUAUUUCAUCUAAAGGAGGCAUGGCAAAAACAGUUGUAAUUGGUCUUGGAGCAGGAUUGCUUCCGAUGUUUCUGCACAGGCACAUUUCUUCCCUUGAGAUUGAGGUUGUGGAGUUAGAUCCUGUGGUUCUAGAUCUUGCUAGAGACCACUUUGACUUUAGAGAGGAAGUAAACCUAAAGGUACAUAUUACUGAUGGGUUAAAGUUUGUUAGAGAGGCAGCUCACUCAGUCAAGUCUACUAUAGAUAAUCUGCCCGAGUUCAAGUGCCCUUCGUCAAAUGGGUCUUCUGUGUCCUAUCCAGUGUCCAAUAACACUCCGCACAUUGACAUUCUUAUUGUCGAUGUGGACUCUUCAGAUUCUAGUUCUGGUUUGAGAUGCCCUGCUGCAGAUUUUAUUGAAGAGUCAUUUCUUACAGCCGUAAAAGAUUCUCUCUCUGAGCAAGGCCUCUUCAUAAUCAACUUGGUUUCUAGGUCUCCUGCCAUAAAAGAUUUGGUCUUUUCAAGAAUGAAAUCGAUAUUUAAUCACAUUUUCCACCUUGAGCUGGAAGAAGAUGUCAACGAAGUUGUCUUUGCUCUCAAAACAGAAAAUUGUAUUUCUGAGGAUUGCCUUCCUGGAGCUUGUGAUGAACAACUUCUCACAUUGCUAAGGAUGGAAGAAUCCAACUUUGCUCAACCCAUAAUAGACGUUUCAAAGAAGAUAAAAAAGAUACAAUGAAUUAUUAACUAUUAAAAGCGCAAUGCAGUUGUUGCAUGAUUCAUCAAAGGAAAGUUCUGUCAGAUUGCGUUCAUUAAUGUGCACAACUUCAUAUAGCUGUAUAGAUAAUUCCCAAGUUUAUUCAUCUUCCUGCCCCUAGGUGUAUAUGUGGGUUUGCCAAGUGCAAGUUGUAUUUUCCUUGUGAUUGGUGCAUGCUUGUGUGUGUUCAAUCCAUAAGUGGAACUGUGGAAGUGUCAAGUGUAUAUGUCCCUGCGCAGGAAUGCGGGAUACAAGUUUAUUAUUAAUACAAGCCUGCAAGGCAUUUUUGAAUGUGUGGUUAUUGAUGUAAUUAUUUGGGACGUCCCUUGAUUUUUAUAAAGUUAUUAACAAGAAAAAUGAAACAGGGAUGUCUUUUACGCA